AUGAAUGCUCCUCCAGCCCCAGAAAGCAGACCUUAUUCCACAAACCCAAGGCCCUUUUUUUAUGCUCGGCCUACAGCACAUCAGCCAUUUCCUAAUCCUUGGCUUGUUGGACCUAUGUAUAAUCCCUAUGGCAUGCCUGCAUCCGGUUUAAGAAGUGGCAAUCCAUAUUUCCAAUGUUACUCAGUUCCUUCCCAUGAAUAUCCUGGAUAUUUAGUUCCACAGCCUCCUAUGCAUAUGAGAAUUAGACGACCUUAUUUUGGUGGUCCUCCAUCAUCACCCAUGGUGUAUCAAGUCCCACGGUUCAGGCAUGGUUUUCCCAUGAUGUAUCAACCACAAAACCCAGUGAAACGAACAGAAAACAAAGAAACUCAAACUGAUUUUGGAGAAUCUGAAAGUGGAGCAAAAACACCUGUGAAACAAGAUAUAGGAACAAAAGGCUAUGAUGUUGGAAAUACUGAAAAUACUGCUUAUAUUGCAUCUGAUACUCCUAAAGAAACUGAAAGUUUUUUGGGAAAAACAGAUAAAACAAUAUCUUCUGCUAUGUCAGAUAGAGAACUUGCCAAGAACUCUUCAGGUCUUGUACCAUUUCGAAGUCUUCCCCCGGCAGGCUAUGCCAUUGAGAAAGAGGAAGUUAGAAUACAAUAUGCAAAUGAUGGUGCUCCUGCUAUUCAGCUCUGGAAGUCUUUUAAAGAAACAAUCCCUCUCUAUGAGAUGGCACAAAAACAAGCCCCAAAGAAUAUCGUGCAAAGAGAUAUACUUGCUUGUAGCUCCUGUGAAGGAGUUGCAUAUGAGCCUCAUGAAGAAGGAGAAUUGCCUCCAUGUAUUCCAUUUUCAGAGGAGCAAAAAGUUCCUGAGGGCAUGCAGAAGAAACAGCCUCUAUGUAAAGAAAAUCCAGAUUCAGAAAAACAAAUAGUUAUAAACUACAGAGCAAUAGGUCCAAUGGAUGAAGCUGGAACAGUGCAACUGGCUGAACCAAGUGGGCUUGACCACUCAGGGAUAAGGCAAGAUGUACUGAUGGCCAAAAUACCACCUGGCUUUAAAAAAUCAAGUGGUUCAAAAGCUCCACAAGAAGUUUCAAAUCAUAUUCGACAACGAAAAUUAUUUCCUUCUGAUAUGGAGGUGACAAAUGAUGCAUAUUUGCCUCAGAAGCUGAGUGAAUGUAAUGACAUGAACAAUGAAAACUGGAAUACUUCUGAAAAAAUCCAAUGGUGUGAUGACUCUGAAAAAUAUCUUCCUUCUGAGAGCUGGUUGGCUUGUGUGGAUAACAUGGAUCCAAACUAUAAUUAUGAAAAAUAUCUUUUCCGAAGAAAGCGUCCAAAUUUGCUUAGUAUUACCUCUGAUGAUAUGUCUUCUAUUGAAGAAGGUGCCUCAACUGAGAAUUCUUCAGUUUCUAUCAUAGUUCCAGACCAUUUGCUUCCAAAGGGUUUGUGUACCUUCAAGAAAAAUCGUGAUGGCUUGGGAAUAGGCCAAAUAAGAAGUGGAGGCACCCUCAAUGAAGAUGAGGAAGUGAUGGGGAUUGAACAGGCCACUAGUGAGCAUAGUCAGAAUCUCAAGAUCAAUUCAAGAGUCAAGGUUAAAGAGAUUCCUAGCCAAAUCAAAAAGAUGAGCAUUCUUCCAAGAUGUUCCAAAGACAAGCAUCUCUACUGUCUCCAAAAGAUAACAAGUUCAUCUCCAUCAGAUGCUGAUGAUUCUGAAGAAUAUUGGGUGAUGGAACCAGAGGAAUAUGAAGAGCAAGAAACUGAUGAGGAAUACUUUGUUGAGGAAGAUAUGCCAUAUGAAAUCCUGAAUCCAGACAAAAGUGGAUUGGGCCAACAGACUGCACAGAAAGUAUUUUGGAGAAUCCCUAAAAAUGCAGUGCCACCACACGUAAUUAACUGGCCUGUGCAAGAAAAAAUGUCUGGGUUACCUACUAAACUUCAGAAAGAGCAAGAUGAAGAUCUCUGUGAUGACUAUAAUAUCUGCUUCAUGAGACCUACAGUCCAACAGCUAGAAUUACUUGAACACAGAAAAAAUCCACAGAAAUGCUCAGGAUGGUUACAAGAGGAAAAUAGAAGGACUGGACCUGAUGAAUACUGGAUAAAAAGUGGUGCUAGACCCAGAUCUGCUAGCUUAAAACCUGGUGAUCUCUCACCUACUGCUACAAAAGAGAAAGGUAUGAUCUUUAUUGUUUAAAUUAAAAAUGUACCACAUUCCUCUAUAAACAUGACUUCAACUGAUUUUCUUUAACUCACUGGCAAUUGAUUCCAUAUUUUGAAGCGAAGUGGCAACUUGUACAAGCAAAAAAAAAUCAAGUUAAAAUGAAUGCUGAAAUAUUAUACAUAAAAGCAAUUCCAAUGCCACUCAGAACAAACAUGGAUUUUGGAUAACAUAUACAACUCAAUUGGGAGCCUCACUCUCAAUUCUCUAGCUGCUGGUGCAUAUGAAGCACAUAUUCUGCUCAUACUUUAUUCUGAGAAAAUAUCUAUUAUCUUGUAUAGUGAAUUUGAAAAAAAACAUUCUUAAAGAAUGAGAUGUAGUACAGAUGUCUUUGCAAGUAAAAUAAUUUAAAAGUGGGAAACUGUAGAAGGAAAUAAACUUUAGGCACAGAAUGAAUAAAAUUAUUGCAUUUAUAAUAGAUAUCCUGGAAGUAUUCCCUUUUGCAUCUGAUGAUAUAUAUAUGGAAUGUCCAAAGAACAAAGGAGUGCAUAAACCUCCUCAUAAACGCAGAGACACAAGAUGUGAAACAGCUGAAGUACUGGAGAAACCUAAAAUUACGUAUCAUAAGGGUAAGUGCAAAAUGUUUUCUAGUAAUAAAGAGAGUAACUCUUUUAAAUUCACCUUUCAAAUCAUUUCUAUAAGAAGGCUCUGAGUAAUAUAUGGAAGUCCAAUAAUAUUCAGCACAUAGGCUUUUAGAACCAGUCUACAAAUGAAAACUAAGUUCACAGAACUGAAAAACCAUGGUGGAAUCUUCUUUGGCUUAGGAUCCUGUUCAUCUUUGAAAGAUAUAUGUAAUAAAUACAUAGAUCAUAACCAGUAAAAUACCAAAUACUUAAUUGUAUUGACUAUGUAGUCAGUGGAAUACAUAUGUAUACAAUACAUACCUGGAAUGACUAGCUCAGUCUUGACAAGGAAAUGUGAGUCGUAUAAAAGAUGCAAGAAACCUGUUACGUCUAGCUGAAGUGCUGUGGGAGAUUCCUGUUUGUACUAAACUGUUUAUCUUUAGACUAAUUUCUUGAAAACUCUAGCACUUAUAUAUUACUAAGCAUCAUGCCUGCUUACUUCCACUACCAUGGAUUGUUAUACAGCAACAAGUAUUAACAACAGUUGAGAUUGAAUGCCUAAGUGGGCUUUUCCUAAGGUACAGUCAGGAUGUUCGUAUCUUUGCCACACAUUUUACUGGAUAGUUAUGCUAAUUGCUUUGUUGCUUUGUACUGCCCAGUAUCUAUAAUUAGUGCAUGUUCAGCUGUAAUACAGAGAGAUGUGUAAACAGAUCUCUCAGACAAAUUGCACUGGGAUACAGAUUGUAGGUCUGAUUUCCCACACUAAAAAGAAAAAUAUUUUUAAAAAUAUUAGGUUGGAUCCCAACCUUUUCACUCCAUCCACCUAACUUAUGUAUGUCCCAUGAUGUCCUAAUUUUUAGCAGCUGGAUAGUGUUUGAAUACUGCUCAUAUAUGCCUUUUUCUUAUAUCAAUUGUUCGUAAGUAAUAUAAUCUUAUUAUAAUAGGCCUAUGCCAUGUACAUAUUUUGAAUAUUGGAAAUGUUUUAUCAUCCUGUCUAAGAUGCUCCUUCAUAAUGGAUAUACUGAAUGGUUUGUAAAAGCUUUAAAUUUCGACAGACAAGUUUGCAUAUGGUUAUUUUUAACAGCUCUGAAUAUCGUCCAUUUGCAAAUUAUUUCUUAUCUGACUUAUAGGUAAAAACAUGUUGUAUAUGUUAAUGGAUGCCAGAUGGUUAAAAUCUAAUGGUUUCAGGUUGGACUACUUUUAAAAACUAUGUUGCCUAAUACGUUUUCCUUUUGUGCAGGAUGUGAAGCAAAGAAACCACCCUAUAAAAGAUAAAAGAAGACAAUGAUAAUCAGAAGUGCAAAUAUUUGCUUGUAUUGAUUAAAGGAAUCGUAAUUUUUUUUGAAGCAAAUCAGUUUAAGUUGCAUUGUAAAGGAUUCCUGAAUUCAUACUGUAAAAUGUCCAAAAAAAUGAAUUUGGACACACAAAUUUCACACAAUGUUGAGUAACACAGUGUUUAAAUAAAGUUGAAAUUGCACUAAUAGGAUGUGUGAAUAAUUUCUAAUGUAAAACUUAUUUUCAAAGAAUGGAUAAAGCAUCAGCUGAGAAAUAAGAAAUAAAGGUGUAUGGGAAUCACAAUUUAGUUUCAAAAGCAUUAGCUUUAAGCAGUAUCAAGUUUUGGCAAACAGUGCUCCCAACUUCCUUCUGCGGUGAUACCUGAAGGGAAACCAAGAUAAUUUGUUGUAAAUAAUAGAAACUAUAGACUGUAUCUAAAUAAAGCUCACAUCAUGGUUUCAUAAACCAAGGCUUUAAAGAAAUAUGCAGACUCUAUAGAUUUUGAAUGUAAUCUCAGAAUUUAAGUUGCCUUUCAUUCAUAAUUUUUAACAUGGUAGCAUGUAAAAUUAAUUUCAUAGGAGGAAAUCUCAUAAAAUAUAUUUAAUUUUACUUGAAUGCAGUUUAGUAUUUGGUCAGAGUACAUGCUUCUAGAAUUCUAGUUCCUAUACUAAAACAUUAUGGUACAAUAUCUUAGCAUAAUUAAGACUAUACUAUGGAUGAACACAUCAAUAUAUUUUCUUAAAUGGAACUGAAGGUUUUUCAUGCUUAAAAGGCCAGAACCUUCAUUAUUCUGGGUCAGCAACAGACAAUAGAAUAAGAAGCCUUGAAUCAGAUUCAUUGUUUCUACAUCUUCACUCUAAAGAGUGAUUCUAGCCAGCUCUGUUUAUAGAACAUGCUGCAGAAUAAAAAGAUAAAAUGGUGGUGUUGAGUUAAUAUGCCUGAUAAGGAUUCAAGUUAUCCAGCUAAUCCCUGCUAAUACAAACUAUGGAAAUAAUGGCUCAAAUUGUUUUUAAUUUCCUAGCAAUACUUUGCUGUAAAAGAUAAUUAUGCUUUCAAUCUUGAUAAAUGGGAAGUGAUGAAGGCAUGAACAGGUGUAGAUGAAGCCAGCUAUUUUGCAUCCAGUCAUGUAAAGCAGGGCUGUCAAACUCGCUGCCCACGGGCCAGAUAUGUCACAAGCUGGCCAUGCCCACACCUGGCUUAGUGAAGGGAAAAAAUUGUGAUACAUCACGUGACACUUGAGACAAUGUGAGUUUGACACCCGAUCGAAAGGAACCAGCAUGCUACAGUUUUGUUGACAAAGUGCUGAUGCAAUAAAAACAUUUUUAUUUGCUCUAUGUCACAGCUGCUUAGGAUGUUGAUCCAAAACUUUAGUUCUUUUGUUGCUUUUCAAUUAAAUAAAAAUACAGAUGAAAAAAAAGCAGUUUCUUUAUUGGGCAGAACAAAUAUGCCACAAUACAUCUAUCCUUCCAAUAUUGUUUUUCUAUCUAAAAAAUAUCAAACUUAGAGGGCCAAAAUAAAAACAAGGUAUAUUUAAGUGUUCUUCUAUAGAUUGUUUUACAAUUCCCCAGAGUCUAUUUCUAAUCUUAUAGAAGUCUGUGGAGCCUUCCUUUAUGUCAGAUGCAGCUGGAAGAUGGGUGAUAAAUUAUGCAGCUUUACAAUAAAAUACAUCUGAAAAUGUUAUAUUUUUAUAUUAUGGUAGAUGAUGGUAGUUGUGCUUCAUCCCUUUGUAGAAAGCCACUUUUUAGAAUAAAGUUCAGUUGGAGGCAGUUAAGGGUGAAGCCUGUACUAUGCCCCUUUAUAAUUUAUUUUCCUCUGCAUAUUAUCCAUUAAGCUUCUUUCAGUAAAGGCUGAGACUCCUGUCAUAUUGCUAACACUCUGGCGACAUGCUACUAAAGGAAUUCUUUUGGCUAAAUGUUACUUCAAUCAACCCUGUCUUAAGACAGUUCUCCCUAAAUUUGUGCAGUAUGUGCAGUUCUCCACCAGAGGGAAGAACACUUUAGACUAUG